AUGAAUGGCUGCCAGAUGAAAUUAUUUGAUUUGAAAGUCAGAGAACAAUACCCUACUUUGGGUCAGUCCUACACUAGGAGCCAUGCACAUUGUGACAAGUUCUUGGUUCAGUGCUCAGAUAGCGAGCUUAUGAUUGUUGAGCUAUACUACGGGUACAAAAAAAGGUUCAUACGGGAUUCUCAUGUCAGAGACAUUGGUUGCAAGAGGAUUGAGUUAUACAAGGUGAAUUUACAGGACCAAGUAUGUCAAAGGAUGGAAAGUUUACCUGAAGAUUGUGCCAUCUUCUUAAGCUACCCAGAGAAUGGAUUCUUCUACAAAAUUCCACGAGAAGAUCUAAAUUCAGGACUUGUUCGCGGGAACACAGUUUAUUUCUCCGAAAGGAAUGACAAGCGUCUUUAUGCAUAUGAUGUUAAAGAGAGAAGUGUAAGUGUGUCACUACCUUGCCCCAACAUGGGAAUUGACUAUUAUGAGCCACAAUGGAUCCAGUUGCCUCUUCAUAGCUGGACUUCAGCAGAUGUUCCCCAACCAGAAGUAACGAUUGAUAGCAAGCAGAUUAUGUUACCAUCAGGAAGUAGCAGUGCUCGUGGUGGUUGGAACGACGUUCCAACCGACCUUCUUUCUGACAUACAGUCGUGUCUAUUUGGAGCUGAUCGCUGUUACUUUCGUCUUGCCUGCAAAGCAUGGAAGUCAUCAUUCUCUAACUCUAACUGUGAAUCUGAUCUUCAAUUGGGGAAGGUGCAGAGAAAUCAUCGAUUCCCAAUCCUCAUGCACAUAGGAAACAACAAUGAGCUAGUCAAGUUCUUCGAUCCAAUAACCAAUUCUACCAGCACCUUGCCUUUACCCAGUUUAAAAGCUACAGAACCAAUCAUUCGUUGCUCUAAACAUGGAUGGUUGUUGAUAUCCCAAGGAAGUUCAGGUCAUCAACAACUAUUCUUUCUCAACCCUUUCACUAACGAAAGGAUUGACUUACCUAAAGUGCGAUUUCUUCAAGAUGGGAUUUCUUUCUCUUCUCCUCCAACAUCCUCCGACUGCAUGGUAAUUUGCUACGCAGUCUUUCUGGCAUAUGUGACCCUCUACUCUAUUCGUCGAGGAAAUUACAGCUGGGCUUACUCGUCUGCGGAGAAGAAAGGAAUUCAUUUCAAGAGUUCUUACAGCAAUCCAGUUUACCACCAAGGAUUAUUCUAUAUCAUGGGAAUGAAUGGAAAUCUAUGCAUUCACGAUCCAGGACCAAGACGUUCCACCAAGUUCAUGAGCUUGCCCAGAAGACCUUGUGCGUCAAUAAGAAGAGGCCAUUUGUUGGAGUCCAGAGGGAAACUUCUAUCAGUGUUCACGGGUCCCGUGGGGAGGUUUCUGCGGGUAUUUGAGCUGAAACAAACAACCAUGGCUUGGAAAGAACUCCACAAUCUAGAAGACACGAUGCUGUUUCUGAGCUCUACUUCUUUGUUAUCUGCAACAAGCAGUGGAGUGGAGAUUUCAGGGUUGGGAAACAAGGUGUUUCUGGACAGGUUUAGUGGGAGAGAUGGCAUCUUCUACUCUCUGGCGACAAGAAAAUUUCAUACCUUUUGGAGCGGACACAACAGUAGCGACUGGAGUGACACCAAGGAAUACACGUAUAGCACUUGGAUUGAACCGAACUUGGAGAAGCACAACGAAAAGGAGCUCCAAUGGUUAACGUGGUAG